GCCUUUAAAGUUUAAACGCUUUAGCUUUACUUUCCUGGGCAGCUUCGUGAAUACUUUCACUAGAGCCUUCAUCACAUGAUUCACAUCCUCAUUUCUCCGGAAAAUUCUCAUGGAGCGAGAUUUAAAAGCAGCAAAAGCCUCGUAUCUCUCAAUCUUAUUCUGAUCGAUGCGAUAGAUAAAUAAGAUCAAUCUCUCAUCGAUCACCCCAGCUUGACAGGUUGAAACGGUCGCAGUCUCCGAUGACAAAAGGAUGGACUUUUUUCGGUACUGGUGCUGCUUCGGAUGAGGAUCAUGAUGUAUGGCGUUGGGGGGAGGCAAUUAUAAGUGGUUCAUCUGGUAGGGCUCGGUAUGACGUGUUUUUGAGCUUUAGAGGCGAAGACACUAGAGCGACUUUCACCUCACAUCUCUACUCUCUAUCGAGCGCUGGAAUUCAUGUUUUCAAAGAUGAUGCGGUCCUUCCCAGAGGGAAUCCUCUCUCAAGUGAAUUGUCACGAGGAAUUGAACUUUCCACAAUUUCAAUCAUUAUCUUCUCCAAAGAAUAUGCUGGUUCUAGAUGGUGCCUUAACGAGCUCUCACAAAUCAUGGAGCUUCACAGGGCACAGGGUCGAGUUGUUCUGCCUGUGUUCUAUGGGGUGGGUCCAUCCGAAGUUCGUAAUCAAAUAUCUGGUUUUGAAGAAGCAUUUCGAGAUUUAAUACAACGAAGUUCACUCACAGAAGAAGAAGUGUUGAGGUGGAGAACAGCUCUCCGUGAAGUCGCGAGCAUUGCAGGGUUUGUUGUGCUCAAUUCCAGGUAAUUUUUAAAUAUUUCUUUUUUUUUAUUUCUCUUCAAUUUUGCUAAGCCUAAACAGACACGCACAAUUGAUUUCUAGCUACAAUUUUCUCUUUUUAAUCACUUGAAAUUUUAUAUAUGAGAAUUUUUUGAAGAAUAUCUAACAAAUAAGA